AUGGCGCACGCUCGGUCACUGGUAUGUCUCCUGCUGGGGGCCUGGCUGAUGGUGCUUGUGGGCUGUGACACUGCGUAUCCUGGAUACCCUUUUAACGACUACCCCUGGUACCCCUACCACAAGUACCCUGUAUACCCAUUCAGCCACUAUCCCCUGUACCAUUUCAACGAUUACCCUGCGUACAAGAACUAUCCUGUCCAUCCUUUCAAGGACUACUAUGAAUAUCCUCACAAGUUUACUUCCCUGUAUCCUCACAAAGACUACCCUCUUUAUUCUCACAGUCAGUGGCCUGUGGAGCACAAGAAAGAUGUCCACAGCGAGUGGCCUGUAGAACACGUCAAGGAUGUCCACAGCGAGUGGCCCGUGGGACACGUCGAAAACGUCGACAAGUGGCCCAUCGAAGAUGUUCACGUGCACAAGGAGCUUGUGAAGCCCCACAAGGGUCACCACCACCAGCACAUCAUCGAGUACGAUCCUUACAUCCAUGGAUAUCCUUACCACCACCACCACCAUCACUCCCAUAAACAUCCUGCACAUAAGCACCUUGCUCGUAUACCAUUCUUCCGCUCAGUCCCAUCGUACUUCAAUGUCUACAACAUCUUUGAUGGUGGAGACACCCAACAGGAGGCUGCAGCAGAAGCUACAGCAACAGCCAAUGAUGAAGUCCCCCGGGAGUCUUUGCAGACUGGGAACAACAUCGAAGCUCCACUGUCUCGAGGCGUAUCCGUGGACCAGGCAGCAGCAUCGGCACCGGCAGUGGCGACUGUCCAAGCGAGCGCGCCUGCAACUUUCCUGAGUGCAGCAGUUCCCACUGUACAGCAGGUGACGCCUGCCCCUGCUGAAAAGUCGAUGAUGCCAACACCAGAUGCAAUGCUGUUUCAACAAGGGAACGUCCCAGUAUCUGUAGCUGAUGUAACGAGACCUGUGUCUUUUCCAGUGCCAAACCAACAAGGGAGUUUCACAGGUCCCACUACAUUCGCGGCAAGUUCCUUGCCGCUACCUCCGCCAAACCAACAGGGAACUUUCCCACCUCCCACUUCAUUCGCAGUGAGACCCUUACUACCGUCAAUGACAAACCAGCAAGGGGCAUUCUCAGCUCCAACAUCGUUUGCUAUGAGCCCUUUCCCAUCUCCUUUCCCAAACCGACAAGGUAGUUUUUCAAGUCCCGCUGCAUUUGCAGCAAGACCUUUUCCACCUCCAUUCACAAAUCAGCAAGUAAGCUUCCCAGCUCCCAUGGGAGAUGCAAGGAGGCCUGUGACAACAGUGGUGCCACAUCAGCAAGGCAAUCUCCCAGCUCCCAUGGCAGACAUGAGGGUGUCAGUGCCAGUUUCGGUAUCAAACCAGCAACAGAACUUCCCAGCUCCCAUGGGAGAUGUGAGGAGUUUUGUGCCGUCAAUGGUGCCAAACCAGCAAGGGAGCUUUCCAGCUCCCAUGGGAGAUGCGAUGAGGCCUGUGGCGACAGUGAUGCCACAUCAGCAAGUCUUCUCAGCUCCCGUGGAAGACUCGAGGCCUGUGGCAGCGGCAGAGCCAAAUCAGCAAGGGAGCUUCCCAACUCCCAUGGGAGAUGGAAGAAGGCCUGCACCAGUGGCACGUCCAAAUCAGCAAAGUAAUUCACCAGCUGCUGUAGCGUCCACCAUUGACCAGCAGGUCCACUUUGUCACGCCGACAGCCAUGGAGACAGACACAUCAGCACAUGAAAACAACUUGCAGUCAGCUUUCCUGACCUUCCCAGCUGCCAAGCCUGACACUCCCAAGGGCUUCUUCAGUGGUGUCACUGCUCAGCCAGAGGUUCCAUCCGGCUUCAACAGCGUCAGCAGCCAGACUGACUCCCCAGUGGCCUUCAUGAGUGGUGGUGGUGUUGGGGCAGCCGUACCAUCCCACAGUCGCUUCGGCUGGUACCCUCGCUUCAAGUUCGUCAACGUCGCUGACACCUUAGGCCGCACCACCGAGUCUCCAAAGACGGUUUCCACGGUUCAGUUCCCCACCAGCACAGUCACAAAGACCACUUCCCACUGA